AUGGCACUUCUCAACAAGGAUGCCAAGGCUCUAUGCUUUGCAACCCUUAUUGUCAUGGCUAUGGUAGUAUGUGCUGAUUUUUUUCUCCAUGCUACGACAUAUUAUUGUGGGGGCAUAACAGAUGCUCUAGGGUACAAGAACCCCAACCCACACUGCCUUUAUACACAAGAUUGGCCAUAA